UGUCUGUCCGCCAUCUUGACUGCUUUCAUGCUAAACUCUGCGUUUGUAAACGCCACCGAACUGCUGAGUUUUAAGCAGCAAGUUGGCGAAUUAACAGCAAAGUCUGAAAAUGGUCCGCUACUCGCUCGAUCCCGAGAACCCAACAAAGUCAUGCAAGUCCAGGGGCUCCAACCUGCGGGUGCACUUCAAGAACACGCGUGAGACGGCCCAGGCCAUCAAGGGAAUGCACAUCCGCAAGGCCAACAAGUACCUGAGGGACGUCAUCGUCAAGCACCAGUGUGUCCCCUUCCGCCGCUACAACGGCGGCGUGGGCCGGUGCGCUCAGGCCAAGCAGUUCGGCUGGACGCAGGGACGAUGGCCCAAAAAGAGCGCCGAGUUCCUGCUGCACAUGCUCAAGAAUGCAGAGAGCAACGCCGAGCUGAAGGGUCUGGACGUGGACUCUCUGGUCAUCGAGCACAUUCAAGUCAACAAGGCGCCAAAGAUGAGGCGGCGUACUUACCGCGCCCACGGCCGCAUCAACCCGUACAUGAGCUCGCCAUGCCACAUCGAGAUGAUCCUCACAGAGAAGGAGCAGAUUGUUCCCAAGCCAGAGGAGGAGGUGGCCCAGAAGAAGAAGGUUUCACAGAAGAAGCUGAAGAAGCAGAAGCUGAUGGCGCGUGAAUAAGUAGAAAUAAAAGCCACUUGUCAUCAGGA